UGUACCCGGAAGCUUUUUUCUAUGGUCCUCGCUAACAACAACAACGGCUUCUAUUGAAAAUAGAGGAACUUACACAGCAGCAUCAUGUCAGACAAGAGUGAGCUGAAGGCUGAGUUAGAGAGGAAGAAGCAGCGUCUCGCACAGAUCCGAGAGGAAAAAAAGAGAAAAGAAGAGGAGCGCAAGAAGAAAGAGGCAGUGCAGCUGAAGGAACCUGUGGUACUGCAGGAUGACUCUGAUUUGGAGAAGAAGAGGAGAGAGGCUGAAGCACUGCUGCAGAGCAUGGGAAUCACACCGGAUGUUCCUGUGGUUUCUGCACCCAUGUCUCCUACUGCCAAAUCUGCAGGCACCCCGAGUGAGGCAGGUAGCCAAGACUCAGGCGAUGGCGCCACGGGACCUAGGACUCUCCACUGGGACUCUGAUCCUUCUACACUACUGCUUCACUCCGAGCUGGGACGAGGCCCGAUGAAGCUGGGCAUGGCGAAGGUGACUCAUGUAGACUUCCCCCCUAAAGAGGUAGUGUCCUACACCAAGGAGACUCAGACCCCCUCCAUGAGCGAGCAGAAGGAAGAUGAAGAUGAUGAGGAAGAGCUGGCUCCUGCAGAACCAGUGACUGAGGUAAAGAAAGAAACACAGGAGGAGAAACAAGAAGAGGAAGUGACCCCUCAUGAGUUGACUGAGGAGGAGAAGCUGCAGAUCCUGCAUUCAGAAGAGUUCAUGGACUUUUUUGACCACAGCACACGCAUCAUUGAGAGAGCUCUGUCUGAACAUGUGGAUGUUUUCUUUGACUACAGUGGCCGUGACCUUGAGGAGAAAGAAGGAGAGAUGCAGGCUGGAUCGAAGCUGUCCCUGAACAGGCAGUUUAUGGAUGAACGCUGGUCCAAGCACAGAGUGGUCACCUGUCUGGACUGGUCCCCACAGUAUCCCGAGCUGCUAGUUGCCUCCUAUAACAACAACGAGGAGGCUCCUCAUGAGCCUGAUGGAGUGGCACUGGUCUGGAACAUGAAGUAUAAAAAAUCGACUCCGGAGUAUGUCUUUCACUGCCAGUCUGCAGUGAUGUCAGCAGCAUUUGUUAAAUUUCAUCCUAACCUGGUGAUAGGUGGCACAUAUUCAGGACAAAUUGUGCUGUGGGACAAUAGAAGUAACAAACGGACUCCAGUGCAGAGGACCCCGCUUUCAGCUGCGGCCCACACGCAUCCAGUGUACUGUGUGAAUGUGGUUGGUACACAGAAUGCCCACAAUCUGAUCAGCAUCUCCACCGAUGGUAAAAUGUGUUCCUGGAGUCUGGACAUGCUUUCUCAGCCUCAGGACAGUAUGGAGUUGGUCUUUAAACAGUCCAAGGCAGUGGCAGUCACUUCAAUGUCUUUUCCUUUGGGUGACGUCAAUAACUUUGUGGUAGGCAGUGAAGAUGGAUCAGUCUACACGGCCUGUCGACACGGCAGUAAGGCAGGUAUCAGUGAGAUGUUUGAUGGCCACCACGGGCCGAUCACAGGAAUACACUGCCACACUGCAGCUGGUCCUGUUGAUUUCUCCCACCUCUUCCUCACCUCUUCCUUUGACUGGACCAUCAAACUCUGGGGUACUAAGAAUAACAAGCCGCUGUACUCGUUCGAGGAUAACUCGGACUACGUGUAUGAUGUGAUGUGGUCUCCUGUUCACCCUGCUCUCUUUGCCUGUGUGGAUGGAGUCGGCCAUUUAGACCUGUGGAACCUCAACAAUGACACAGAGGUCCCCACUGCCAGUAUUACUGUGGAGGGCAGUCCUGCACUGAACAGGCUGAGGUGGGCACAGUCAGGCAGAGAGAUUGCAGUGGGAGACUCUGAAGGGCAGGUCCUCAUCUAUGACGUUGGAGAGCAGAUCGCUGUGCCACGUAAUGACGAGUGGACGCGCUUCGUGAGGACGCUGACAGAGAUUAACGAGAACCGUGAUGAUGCAGAGGAGCUCGCUGCCCAGCGCAUCCCCUCCUAAUUCUCAGAGUACAUUCCACAACCAGCUCCCAGGUUUCUUAUGCAGCAAAAGCACGUACAUCUCAACCAGGCAUGAUUACUAUGCUAAUGAUUAUAAAGGCCUCCUGCUCUAAAUAAUACAGAAUAUGAUUUUCAAUGUUUCCCUUCAUCUAGAGUUUGAGUAACAGGUCAGAGUGGUAGAAGGAACUGAACUUGAUUUAGUUAGUUCUGUAACAGAUAAGGAUGUCUCUUCAAGUACUGGAAGCUGUAAAGCUAAAGUGGUCAUUUGGAAACUUACUGAAAGGGAGAUGUGGUACAUUACAGAAGAUUUGGCUGGUACUAUACCUAAGCUCCAUUCCCAAUCUACAGAGAGGAAAAACCUCUAGACUGAAGUGCUGUGUACAGUAUUUUCUCUUGUUGAUUGAGUUUUAAGGGUCUUCAUAAAUCCAAUCCUGUCGUUGUGAUACACAUUCAUCAAAUUAUUCGUCACAUUAUACAUGGCCACAACCAAAGAUUUCACAACAUUCGAAAAUGCAAUACCAGAUAUCAAACACGGUUUAUAUUGUACCAGGAUUUCAUUGUGCGAUUCCUUUCUAACAGAGCUCCUUAACAAUCAGUGAGCAUAAGUGUGACAGAGUGAAUUUAUGAACCCAUGCAGCUAAGGACCCCCACCUCCCCACUAUUAGCUGUAAGUCCAACUCCAGUUCCAUCUCUGGCACUUGAAUGUUAAACUUAGUCUGUCUUGAUAAUCUGUGCCAAAUUUCGAGCACGUAUUUAUUAUACACACUGAGAUGCUGGAUGAUUAUCAUUGAAUUGCUGAGCAUUUAAAAGCCAUUGUUCUUCAGAACUUGAUCCUUUUCUUCCAGCUUUACUACUCUGUUUGUAACCUGAAUGAGACUGUAGCUUCCUCUUCUCUGAAUGUCUUUGUACAUCUCGAUAAACUUUCUAAACCCAAA